CGGGAAAUAUGGGCGGGAUUGAACACCAAACGGGCGUGCUGGUGUGUGUUGUGGGCGUGGUUGUGCGUCUAGCUCCGCCUUGUCGUAGGCCGCAGAAAAGAGUAUCUGCAGAGUGGCCGUGUUGUAGUAAUUGCUUUGGUAAAACGUUGUUAUUCUAUGGUCUGGCGAAGUCUUGCUUCUAAGGAAGUAAGAAUAGGGAUUUAAGGGUCACACAACCGGUUUUGCGGCCGGGUUUGAAUUGUACCAAACAAAAAAAAAACACCCAGGGAAUUAUGGCCUUAGCCGAGGAGCUGCGGGCCGGCUCACGGAUGCCGGUGACUAUUGAGCAGAUACUAAACGAUACUUUGGUGGUCACGCUUACAUGUCAAGAAAGGAGCUACACAGGCAUUUUACUUGACUGUACCAAAAAAUCUGGGCUGUUCUGCUUACCUGGCGUUACAGUGAAUUCAGACAAUCCUCCUCUGUCAAGACAGGAAUUUGAGGUCCCAAACUGUGCUCCAGACUGUAAACUGCCUCCUCUGCUACUACCACAACCAAAGGAUGAAAACAGCCUUCCUGAACCAGAUGUUCCAGACGCUGCACCGGUUCCAGUGCCUGCUGGCCAGGUCUCAUACCCUCCUUAUUUUGAAGGAGCCCCUUUCCCUCAGCCCCUUUGGGUUCGUCACAGUUACAGGCAGUGGAUACCCCAACCACCUCCUCGGCCAAUAAAGCACAAGAAAAGACGAACUAGGGAGCCAGGAAGGCUGACUGUGAGCACAAUUCGUUUGAGGCCGCGGCAGGUUCUUUGUGAAAAGUGCAAGAACACAUUAAAUGGUGGUGAGGACGUAGAUGUAACAGAAGCCGAGUCAGCCAGGAAGGAGAAUUCCCUGCAGGGCAGCAUUGCUAAGGAAUCUCCCUUAAAGGCAUUGAAAAAAGAAGAUGGAGUCUCCUUUAGAGAGACUAAAAGGAAAGGGGACAUGCCCAGUUAUGAUGGCAAACGGUUCAGAAAGGACAAAAAAGAAGUUGAAAAAUUCUCUGCUUCAGAUAUGGUCCCCCAUAGUCCUGUGAUCAAGAUCUCAUACAGCACUCCUCAAGGUAAAGGUGAGGUCAUGAAAAUCCCUUCCAGAGAACAUGGUUCUGUCAAGCCAUUCUGCCCAAAGCAGCUAUUACAAAAUGGACUCAUGACUCAUGGGCAUCAUGAUCACAACCAGGUGACUACAAAGAACAUGCACACCAUGGAUCCAACCCUAACAGGCUUAACAGUAUCCAUUCCUAAACUAAAGUUUCCAAGACCUCAAGAGCCAGGCCAAGAUAUAUCUUCACCAAAGAUUCACUUGAGUUCACAUUGUGUUGGUGAAGAACAAGAAUAUGAUUCUAUGUAUGAAGCAAAGCUGGUGACUGAUGACCACAAGUGUAGUACAAAAGGUACUGGUCCUGAGCAUUCACAGUUGGAUAAUUCAGGAGAGAAGAGCUCACUGGAGCUAUGGUCAGACAGCUCGUAUGAAGAAGCAGGGCGGCAUGGUGACCUCACCCUGCUAAUCAACUUCCAUAAGAGAAAGGCUGACUCCUCAGGUCUGUCAGUCUGUAGCAGUGACAGCCUGGAUGAGUCUAAAUCAUUCAGCUCAGAUGGUACAUCACCAGAGUUGUGUGACCUGGCUCCUGGGGAUGAUGUUGCUGUCUCCUCCACCUCACAUGGAGAGAGUAAAACCGUGCCACCCCUCACUGUCCGUCUGCACACACGUAGCAUGUCCAAGUUUAUGACUGAGGAAGGUCAUGCGGUGACUGUUGGUGAUGUGGUUUGGGGGAAAAUCCAUGGGUUCCCCUGGUGGCCAGCAAGAGUACUAAGCAUUAGUGGUAAUUGUAAAGAGACAGCAAAAUGUGAGACUGCUUGGCCCGAAGCAAAGGUGUCCUGGUUUGGCUCACCAACCACCUCUCUGUUGUCUGUCGCCAAACUUUCCCCCUUUUGUGAAUUUUUCCAAACACGUUUCAAUCGCAAGAAGAAAGGGAUGUAUCGCAGAGCCAUUGUGGAAGCUGCAAAGGCCACUGGCCACGUGAGUCCUGAGAUCACCGCUCUCAUCUCUCACUGUGAGACAUAGGUUUACAAGAUUUCUGAAGGCCACGUACAGAGGUAUCGGUUCUCUCAAUGAGUAGUCAUCAAGCAAAAAGUGCUACAGUGAUUUCCGCAAAUACAAUAGGACACUCAAGUGGCUGGAAAUCAAAGGUUGCCAAAUUGUGGAACUAAUACUGGGUUUGGGAGCAAAAGGCCAAUUUCAAGGUUUUCUGAAGGGCAAAGACGGUAUUUCUUUUUUAAGGAUUUACCAUGUUUUAUUUGUACAUGUGACAAGACGGUAUGAAACUGAAUGUAUUUAUUAUCAGCAAAAAACUUUACAAUCCAGUAAGAUAUCUACAUUGCUGCUUAUUUUUCUUACGGGAGGGUGAUGCUAAUGUCUGAUCCUUUUCUGACCCUUAGGUCAUCUCUGGGUUUCAGUCUAAAACGUGUUCCUAGUCCUACUGUUUUCUUUUAAGGUAUAAAAAAUGUGAAAUUAAAGGGGCAUACAAGUUUGUAGAACAUUAAGCUUUUUAUCCAUAUCUUUGCAACCACACCGUUAUGCAUAUGAUGCAGUGGUAGAGUGGCCUGAGACAUGGUGAUAUUUUCCCUGUCUUAUUGAUUCAUGUGAUUUGCAGCUACUUAGAACACCAACUAUUCAAUCAAUAAAAAUACACUGCAUGAGUUUUUGUCAGUUUGCAUCUGUAUGAGUUACACAAACCGGUAAACUUAUUUCAGUUACAAAGGCCUUUCCCACAUUCUUCUUGACUUAAGACCGGUGACUUGUGAAGCAGGUAACUAAUAACCAAAAUGUCCAUACAAGAGUAUCUCUUCACAGGACAGUGGGCUAGAAGGAUGGAAGCAUAUUUAACAGGUUUUAACAUGUACAUUCGCCUAAACAGUUCAGAAAUUACAGUGAUGCUAAACUAAACAAAAAAUAAUGCUAAUUCUUUGUUUAAACUUUUACAUAUUGGUUAGGGAUCUAAAGGCAGCUAACUAAUUGCAAAACACGCAGAAGUCAAUGCAGUGAAAUGAAAAUGGCUAAUUCUCAAAACUUGUACUAGGAGCCACAGGCAAGCAUUAUAGGAUUGAUGUGGUCUUAUCUCUAUUUAUCAGACAUGAAGCUUUAUAUUCAACAAACAUCUGUGUGCCUUUAAACAAAUGUAGUCUUCAUCUUUUAUCCUCAUGUAUACUUUUCAACAGUGCUGUGGUUCAUAGUACAUUUCUUCUACUGUUGUGAUAUAUCACUGUCACCUGUAAGAAAUUUAGUUUGUUCCUUUUUAGUAUUUUGUCUGUGAAAUGACCUUAGAAAUAUGUAUUCUUGGUAUAUGGACUUCAUCUGUACUUGCUUUAAUAAUUUAACGUUGUGUAAAAAAAGCACUUUAUCUGUACCUUUGUGGCCUGUCAUUACAACCACUCCCUCCCCCCCUCCUCCCAUAACCUUGGGAAAGAUCAUGACUUGUGGAUGGUAGACUAAAAGGUUUUCAAGGGAUGACUACAUGCACUGUGUCCUUGUAAUGGUGUGUUUUUCAUUGUACAUCACCACCAUGCCAAGUUUCCUGAAGAGGAAUGUAUACCAUAUUUUGAUCCUAUGCAUAAGACUUUGCAGACACUAAAAAUUCCUCAAAGGAUACUGUGAAUUUAACUGAUGUUGUAGGGAUUGAUGCUGUAGACUAUUCAUUUAUCUGAUAAUUAUCAGGAAGUGUGAAAAUUGCUUGAGUGGGCGGGAGUUUCAAAACCGCACUAGUAGAAAGGAAUGGAAGGGAAUGCAUUGAGUCUCAGUGCAAACAUUCUGAUGAUUGCCACUACAUUUACAGUUUUACAAAUUUUUGUUUUUGGAAUAUGCCUCUCUUUAGCUGUCUAUUUGAAUGGAGGAGUUGGUUUUGACAUGUGAGCCAAACACUAUGGUGGUCCACCUCUUGAUGCAAUUUGUAUGUGUUUUUUGUUUUUUUACACAUGUACAGAAAGAAAAUAAAAAGCUAUUCUUGUGCACAAUGUGCUGA